AUGUUCUGGCGUUUGGCUCAACAAGUACGUUUUGCUCGUCCGCGACUUACGCGUUCGUAUGACCAAAAGGUUAUAGAACACUUUGAGAAACCGAAGAAUGUAGGGAGUCUGGACCGCAACGCACCGGACGUUGGUGUCGGCCUCGUUGGUGCACCCGCUUGCGGAGACGUCAUGAAACUUGCCAUCCGUGUGGACCCGACAACGGGUACCAUUGUAGAGUCCGUUUUCAAGACUUUCGGCUGUGGGAGCGCGAUAGCAAGUUCGUCUUACGCGACGGAGCUUAUCAAGGGAAAACGACUGGAAGAUGCCGUCAAGGUAACGAACCGCCAGAUCGCGUCGGAACUGAAACUGCCACCGGUGAAGCUUCACUGCUCGAUGCUGGCCGAAGACGCUAUCAGAGCAGCGGUAUCUGAUUAUCAGAAGAAGCAGGCGCAACAAGUUAGUCAGUCGGCUACACAGGCAGCCACUGCCGCGACCGGGAACUAA